AUGUGCUAUGGCCGUUUACAGGUACCUCUUACUCAAAUAAGGACCCUACAACUCAAAUUCACGAAUCUAAAACCUUCACUACGAAAACAGUUGUAUUCACUUAUAAUACUUAACUUAUCUCGAGUUCUUGUCUUCAACAUGUCACUGAUAGCAACGAUUUGCUGCUGUGGAAGCUCACAGCCUUCAUUACUGACCAUCAAUGGCAAAAGAUAUAGGAUACAAAGACUCAUCGGUGAAGGUGGAUUAUCGUUUGUUUAUCUAGUAAAGUCUCAAGAGGGUGAGUCGCUGGCUCUUAAAAAGAUUCGAUGUCCUUUUGGAAGUAUAGGAUCGAUUUCCCCUGCUAUGAAAGAGGUCAAUAAUUACAAGAGGUUUCACAGCCCCUACAUUGCCCAGAUUGUGGAUUCUCAGGUGUGUCAAGAAAAGGAUGGUUCAAAGACGGUAUACAUCCUUGUGCCGUACUUUUCCAAAGGUUCCUUACAAGAUGAGAUUAACAGGAGCUUGCUGAAUUGCACAGAAAUGCCUGAGUUGGAUGUGGUACGAUUGGCAGUGGGAAUUGCCAGAGGACUGCUAUGUAUCCAUGAAGCUAGUCCAAAUGACGAUGCUGAUGUCGCUUAUAGCAUAGUGUCCACACCCUACAAUGAAGAAACCUCGUUUCUUAACGACCUAGAACUCGAUACAUUUGGGGAAUCCCAACAGUCGUACGCGCAUCGCGAUCUGAAGCCAUCGAAUGUCAUGAUAUCGCCUGAAGGCAUCCCUGUCAUUAGUGACCUUGGAUCUUGCUCCCGGGCUUAUACGGAAAUUAACUCUCGACAAGCACUGCUACAAUUCCAAGAAUGGAGAUCAGAACACUGCACUCCAGCGUUUACUGCUCCCGAAAUUAUUGACGUACAACUUAAAUCUGUGAUCACCGAAAAGUGUGAUAUCUGGUCAUUGGGCUGCACAAUAUACACCAUGUGCUACGGGAUCUCCCCUUUUGAACGUGAAGAACAGGUCAGUGGAGCCUCCGUCACGUAUGCUAUCACCACAGGAAAAUACACCAUACCGCAAGGCACUCAUCGUAAUAAGGACCUUGUAGAUAUCAUAAUAAAAUGUUUGAACGUGAACGCUGAUGAGAGACCUUCCAUAGACGAGCUGUUGGCGCUUCUGAUGGACGUGCAAAGUCAACUGGUGCCGUGA